ACGACAGCAGCAGCAGCAGGCAUGGAGGAGGGGGCCACUCCCGACCCAGAAUUUGUGGACGUGGACCAGGGCAUGACGCUGGCCUGUGUGGCCUUCCUCUGCCUUCUCCUGGUGGCCAUGAUCAUCCGCUGUGCCCGGGUCAUCAUGGACCCCUACAGCGCUAUACCCACCUCCACCUGGGAGGAGCAGCACCUGGAUGACUAG